AUGCCGUACCGCUCACCCGAGCUGCUGCUGGGGGGCGGGCGGUACAGCGGGCCCGAGGUGGACAUCUGGGCCAUAGGCUGCCUACUUGCGGAGCUGGUUUCCCGCCUGCCGCUGUUCCCCGGAGAGAGCGACCAGGACCAGCUGUACCUCAUCCUCAAGUGCUUCGGCCGGCUGAGCGAGGCGCAGAUGGCCUGCCUGGGCGCCCACCCAGUGUACCGCCGCAUGGCCCUGCCCCAGGCGGGGGAGGCGGAGAGCCUGCGCCGCCGCUUCCCGCACUUCUCGUCCGCCCUCUUAGAGAUGCUGGAGGCAUGCCUGCAGGUGGACCCCGCAGCCCGCCACACCGCCACCCAGCUGCUUGCCAUGCCCUACUUCCAAGAUGCCGCCGCCUGGCUGACCCCGGAGUUCCUGGCGGCGCAGGAGAGGGCGCAGGGAGAGCUAGAGGCACGCAUGCUGCUGCUGCACAAGCGGCGCAAGGUGGCGGAGGCGGCGGCUGCCCACCUGGCUGGCGGCGAGCCAGAAGAAGGCCGCGAGUGCACGCCGCUGGCAGCGGCGUCGCCGCAGCCCCACCACCGCCUGUCGCUGCAGCAUCCGCAGCGCAUCCCGGCGUACCGGCCUGGAACGCAGCAGCAGCAGCAGCAGCAGCAGCAGCAGCAGCAGGGGGGAGCCGUGCAGCAGGCGGCGCCUCGCGGCCCGCUGCAGCCGCAGCUGUCGCUGCCGGCCUGGGGGGGGCAGCUGCUGCCGCAGGCGUGGCGUCCCUCGCCGCCGCCUGCCGCCGCAGCAGCCACCGCCCGCCACAGGCUGCCGCCGCCGCCGGCAACCCUGCCAGAGCCGCCUGCUGGCGCCGCCGCGUUCAGGCAGAUGCAGACACACAUGGGGCAUGCAGCUGGCGGGAUGGACCUUGAUGCCGCCAGCGGAGGCAGCAGCAGCAGCCCAGCGGCAGGUGCAGUGGCAGCAGGAGCAGCAGGAGGAUCAGCAGCAGCGGAGGCAUCGGGAGGAGGAGGAGGAGAGGAGGCAGCGGGGAUGCCUGCUGGCCUCCUGGCCGGGGAGGCAGGAGUGGGUCUGACGCCUCGCGGCGGCUACGCGGCAGCCGGGGCUGUUGCAGGCGCAGGCGCAAGCGGCGGCGGCGGAGGCGGAGGCUUCCUGUUUCUGCAGCUUCACCAGCAUCCCCAGCAUCCCCAGCAGGGGCAGCAGCAGCAGCAGCAGGGGCAGCAUCGGGGCGAGCUGUCGGCUGCCAGUGGGGGCGAGGCGCCGCUGCCACCGCUGCCGCCCGGCAGCCGCCACGCCAUGCCCCGCCCGUCGCUGCGGCACGCCGUCACCCUCAACGUGCGCGCCGGCCCUCUGCUGGGCCAGCUGCCGCCGCCCUCCCUUGCUCAGCAGGCUGCCGCCGCCGCUGCUUUGGAAAGCGCGGCGGGUGCCGCAGCAGCCGCCGCGGGCGGGCUCGGCGGGCCGGGGCCGCCGCGCGAGCGGCGGCAUUCCUUAGUGGCGGGAGAGGAGCGGGCGCUGCGGCCGCUGGGGCCGGAGGACUCUUUAAGUUAUGCCGCUCGCAAGGCCGGGCCAGCGGGGCUGCGGCACGCGUGGCACGACACCUUGCAUGGCACCUGGGGGGGACCGGCACCCGCGCAGCAUGCGGCGUGGCAGCAGCAGGAGUAUCAGCGCAGCACAGCGCAGUUCGCUGCCGCCGCGCAGCACGGCGCACAGCACGGCGCGGGCCCAGAAGGCAGCAAAGCGGGAGAGGCGAUAGCGGAGCGGGGGCAGGUUCCAGUGGCUGCCGCCACCGCCGCGGCCAGCGCCAGGCAUGGUGCGCCGCCGCCGCAGCAGCAGCAGCAGGCCGGUCACCAGGAGGAGCAGGCCUCGCCAGCAGCAGCAGCAGCAGCAGCAGCAGCUGCGGGGCAGCGGCGCGUGGUCACCCGUGCGCCACCCGGCGGCGGCGGCGGCGGCGGCGGCAGCGGCGGCGGCGACGGCGGCGGCACCCAGCCAGUCCCAGGCCGCUGCCCCGCGGCGGCAGGCGGGCCCCUGCGUGGCGCCGGCCAGCCUCGGCACGAGCUCCAGGCGCUCGCCUCCCCGCGCCGCGCCGGCAUGCCCUCGCCGGUGGCACCCGCAGCCGGCUCGCCGUCCCGCUUGGCAGACCUGGCAGGCGGCGGCGGCGGCGGCGGCGGCGAGCGGCGACGCGGGGCGCAGCCGCGGCAUGGCGCGGCGGCGCGGGCGGUGCCGGCGCAGGCGUGA